CAAGAAAAUGGCCGUUCCACGGUAUAACGACCUCUCAUCGAUCGCUCCCACCGAAGAUGGCCGUGUCACCACUCUCCUCCCGCACCCUCAGCCCGCUCCCUCCACCGCACGUCGCUCUCCGGCGGCCGGGCGCCGUCGCUAGGGCCGCCGCGGUCGCUUUCCCGAGGAAAGAGCCGAAGUUGAAUCAGUUGGACGUGAGUUAUUAUGGCCAACGGUCGAAGUGGGCUCUCAGGCUCAGCUUAGCGGAGCAGAGCCCGCCGAAACCGGCCGUGGACGUGGAGCGGCUGGUGGGUUUCCUGUACGACGACCUCCCGCACCUGUUCGACGACCAGGGGAUCGAUCGGACGGCGUACGACGAGCGCGUGAAGUUCAGGGACCCCAUAACGAAGCACGACACCAUCAGCGGGUAUCUGUUCAACAUCGCCUUCUUGAAGACCGUGUUCAGGCCGGACUUCCAGUUGCAUUGGGCCAAACAGACAGGACCUUACGAGAUAACGACCAGAUGGACGAUGGUGAUGAAGUUCAUGCCACUUCCGUGGAAGCCGGAAUUGGUCUUCACAGGAACCUCUAUCAUGGGAAUCAACCCGGAGACAGGCAAGUUUUGCAGUCACGUGGACUACUGGGACUCGAUCAAGGAGAAUGAAUACUUCUCUCUGGAAGGUCUAAGGGAUGUGUUCAGACAGCUUCAGUACUAUAAGACUCCUGAGUUGCAAUCUCCCAUUUAUCAGAUAUUGAAACGAACUGGAAAAUAUGAGGUAAGAAAGUACGCGCCAUUUUUAGUAGCAGAAACAAGCGGAGACAAGCUGUCUGGAUCGAAAGGUUUUAAUGACAUAGCAGGGUAUAUCUUUGGGAAGAAUUAAACGGAGAAAAUGAAAAUGACUACUCCUGUCUUCACUCAAGCAUUUGAUAAUGAGUUGUCGAAAAUAUCGAUUCAAUUUGUUCUUCCGCUGGAGAAAGAUUUAAGCAGUGUACCUGAUCCCAGUCAAAAAAACAUAAGCUUGAGACAAGUUGAUGGUGGUAUUGCUGCUGUUCUGAAGUUCAGUGGAGAGCCUACUGAAGAUAUUGUUCUCGAGAAAGAGAGAGAACUUCGCUCUAGUCUUCUAAGAGAUGGGCUCAAACCAAAGAUGGGUUGUCUGUUUGCAAGAUACAAUGAUCCAGGACGAACGUGGAGCUUUACAUUGAGAAAUGAAGUGUUGAUAUGGCUUGAGGAAUUCGAGUUGGACUAGUAUAUGAUGUAGCGAGCAGUGAGUCCGGCAAUUCUUUGAUGCACUGUCUUUGCGGAUAUAACUUAUUAGCUAUCUUGAAGCUUUAUAACUCCCUGCCAGUGAAAUUGGCGCAGUAGCACAGGCCCAAACCAUGUUCCUAUUAGCAUCCAACAAGUCUAGUAUUUGUAUAUUGCCUCAGACAAAGCACAGGAAUCCUGCGGCUGCAGUAAAUGUUUAUACUUUGAAUCCUUUCACGAUAAAGAUGGAGAGAGGGAAAUCGUUACCUCAUGGAUCCGAGGAUAGCUCUUGAUGUGAACUCCAUGUGUUGUUCCUGUAAUCAGUAUGCUCUAACUCCUUGUGUUUAUGAAGUUUCAAACAAUGAGAUGACCAAGGGUAGUGGAUUGAUCAA